UACACGUCCGGGGCAGUGUCCAGGGCUGACAAGACACGUGCCAGCCACCCAUCAAAGGCUGGCGCUGGAUCAGCUCGGCGGGCCUCCAGCAUGACAGGCUGAGAGCCUCCAAGCAAAUCCGGCUGCGUCUGAACUGGAUUCCACAGCACCGGAAACGGCGACUCCCACUUGGGGCGCUGCGGACACACGAGUCGAGGCAGCCCUCCAGGAAGCCAAAAAAAAUUAAAAAAGGGAAAAGAAAGAAAGAAAAGGAGGGAUAGUGGAGAGCAGGGCCUCGGCCACCGCACACGCCGCGCCCCCGCCUCCUCGCCGUGCCGGCCGCCGCCGUCGGCCUCUGGCAGCUUCCCGGGGCCCAGGCCUCAGACCCCGCGGCCUGCCGGGCACUGCCCGCGGCGGGGACCUCAGAAUGUGAUAUCUGGUGCUGCUGUGCUGAAAUCUAAGAAAAUACCAUUGGCUGGGGUCAUGGCCCAAGUAGCAGUGUCUACCCUGCCUGUCAAAAACGAGGAGUCCACAGACAGCAGGAUGGUGGUGACAUUCCUAAUAUCUGCUCUGGAGUCCAUGUGCAAAGAACUGGCCAAGUCCAAGGCAGAAGUGGCCUGCAUUGCUGUGUAUGAAACAGACGUGUUUGUUGUUGGGACUGAGAAAGGACGUGCUUUUGUCAACUCCAGGACAGAUGUGCAAAAGGAUUUUGCAAAAUACUGUGUUUCCGAAGAUCUGCCUGAGGGGGCAUCGCCUUGCCCUGCAAAUGGGAUGCAUAUCCUUGCAGAAGAAACAGAAAUACUCAGGAAAGCCGUCGGGGACUAUUUCUGCUUAUGCUAUGGUAAAGCCUUAGGCACAGCAGCCGUGGUGCCUGUUCCGUACGAGAAGAUGCUGAGAGACCAGGCGGCUGUGGUGGUACAGGGGCUUCCAAAAGGAGUUGCCUUUCAGCACCCUGCGAACUAUGACCUUGCAACCCUGAGAUGGAUUUUAGAGAACAAAGCAGGGAUUUCAUUCAUUAUUAACAGACCUUUCCUAGGUCCAGCGAGUCCACUAGGUGGACCCGGCGUGGUGACAGGUGCUGAGGGCUCAGUAACAUCACCCAGUGAGAGUUGUGGCCCCAUCAGUGUGAAAACUGAACCCAUGGAAGAUUCUGGCAUGUCACUGAAAGGAGCAGCUGUGUCAGUCAAGGAAGAAUCAGAAGACCCUAAUUACUAUACAUAUAAUAUACAAGGAAGCCAUUGUUCUUCGUCAAGCCAUGAAGCAAUAGAAAUGGAAUCACCAAUGGAAGAUUCUACUCAGCUUGUCUCUUCAGGAAGGAGUGAGGACCCUGAAUCUGAGGUGAAAAUUGAAGGAAACUCCAAUUCAUCCAACCUCACAAAUUCUGCAGCAGGUGUUGAAGAUCUUAACAUUGUUCAAGUGACAAUUCCAGAUAAUGAGAAGGAAAGAUUAUCAAGCAUUGAGAAGAUAAAACAACUAAGAGAACAAGUCAAUGACCUCUUUAGCCGAAAAUUUGGUGAAGCAAUUGGAGUGGAUUUCCCAGUGAAAGUUCCCUACAGGAAAAUCACAUUCAACCCUGGCUGUGUGGUCAUUGAUGGCAUGCCCCCAGGGGUGGUGUUCAAAGCUCCUGGCUACCUGGAGAUCAGCUCCAUGAGGAGGAUCUUGGAUGCUGCAGAGUUUAUCAAAUUCACAGUCAUUAGACCACUUCCAGGCCUUGAGCUGAGUAAUGUGGGAAAGCGGAAGAUAGACCAGGAGGGACGCGUAUUUCAAGAAAAGUGGGAGAGAGCGUAUUUCUUUGUGGAGGUGCAGAAUAUCCCGACGUGUCUGAUCUGCAAGCAGAGCAUGUCGGUGUCAAAAGAGUACAACCUAAGACGCCAUUAUCAAACCAACCACAGCAAGCACUACGACCAGUACACAGAGAAGAUGCGUGACGAGAAGCUCCAGGAGCUGAAAAGGGGACUGCGAAAGUACCUCUCGGGGUCGGCAGAACCUGUGUGUCCUGAGCAAAAGCAGGUGCUUGCCAACGUGGGUCCGAGGAAAAAUGCAGCUGUGCAGCCGGUAGAGGACAUGGCGGGGAACUUGUGGGGGAAGUUACGUGAAAAAAUUAGGUCAUUUGUAGCAUAUUCGAUUGCAAUCGACGAGAUCACAGACAUAAAUAACACCACCCAGCUGGCCAUAUUCAUCCGUGGUGUCGAUGAGAAUUUUGAUACGUCGGAAGAACUUCUGGAUACGGUACCAAUGACAGGUACAAAAUCUGGAAAUGAGAUAUUUUUGCGGGUUGAGAAAAGUCUUAAAAAGUUUAAUAUCGACUGGUCAAAAUUAGUCAGUGUGGCCUCCACUGGCACACCUGUGAUGGUGGAUGCCAGUGACGGACUUGUGACCAAACUCAAGUCCAAGGUGGCGAUGGUUUGCAAGGGCUCGGAUCUGAAGUCCAUUUGUUGCAUUAUCCACCCAGAGUCGCUUUGUGCUCAAAAGUUAAAGAUGGACCACGUCAUGAGUGUGGUCGUUAACUCUGUGAACUGGAUAUGCUCCCGUGGGCUGAACCACAGUGAGUUCACAACUUUGCUCUAUGAGCUGGACAGCCAGUAUGGCAGCCUUCUGUACUACACGGAGAUUAAGUGGCUCAGCCGCGGGCUGGUGCUGAAGAGAUUUUUUGAAUCAUUGGAAGAAAUUGAUUCUUUCAUGUCAUCCAGAGGAAAGCCCCUGCCUCAACUCAGUUCUCAAGACUGGAUCAAAGAUUUGGCCUUUUUAGUUGACAUGACAAUGCAUCUGAAUACUUUGAACAUCUCUCUCCAAGGGCAUUCACAAAUUGUUACACAAAUGUACGACUUGAUCCGUGCCUUCUUGGCAAAACUGAGCCUUUGGGAAACUCAUCUGGCGAGGAAUAACCUGGCCCACUUUCCCACCCUGAGAUCAGUUUCCAAAAACGAAAAUGACGGCUUGAAGUAUAUUCCCAAAAUUGUGGAAUUAAAGACUGAAUUCCAGAGCAGGUUGUCUGAUUUCAAGCUCUAUGAAAGAGAACUGACUCUGUUUAGCUCUCCCUUCUCCAUGAAGAUCGAGAGUGUGCAGGAAGCGCUUCAGAUGGAAGUUAUCGAUCUGCAGUGUAACACGGUCCUGAAAGCGAAAUACGACAAGGUCGGGGUACCAGAGUUCUACAAAUACCUUUGGAGUAGCUACCCCAAAUAUAAAAAUCACUGUGCCAAGAUGCUCUCCAUGUUUGGGAGCACCUACAUUUGUGAACAGCUGUUUUCCAUUAUGAAACUGAGUAAAACCAAAUUCUGCUCCCAGGUAAAGGACUCACAGUGGGACUCUGUCUUCCACAUGUCAACGUGAUACAGGGAGCAUUCCCAGCAUGCCCCUGGCUUUUGUGUCUGGAAAGGGACAGGUGCAGGGGGGGCAAUGGGAGAAAGUGAAUUACUUAAUAUUUCUGGUUUUGUUUCCCCCCCACGUUGAUUCAGAAAUAUAACAUGCAGUAACAUACCUAUUUGUAUGACAUUUUAUCCCUCACCCUAUAAUUCACCUUUUCUUAACCUGGCCUGUUUCAUUCAUUCAGAUAACUUGCUUGACUUCUAUAGGCACUUGGGGCUAUAAAUUUACAUCAAUCAACAGAGAAAUAGGGGCAGACAGGUAUAACACUGAGAGGUUAGUAUGCCCACCUAUUUGUCUCCCGCCUUUGCAGGGUCUCCCUUGUGGCCUAACUUGCUUCCAAGGCAAGUAAGGUGAAUCAGUUGGGAGUAUGUUCACAUGCUGUCAUAUUCCUGUGUCACCUUUUCUCUCCCUCACAUGAAUCCAGAAAGGUCGGAAUCAAAAAGGAAACCCCCAUCACAAAUAAGGUUAGCUUUAAAAGGCCAAGUAAAUUGAGGUUUUUGGAGAUCCUUUUUUUUUACUUUUUUGUGAAAUAAUUUCACAUUUAUAAAAAAGUUGCAGAUAUGAAAGUAGUAUAAGAACACUUACAUGUCCUUUAGCCAUAUUCUUUCUCAUGUUAAUAUUUCACUGCUAUGUUGUAUCAUUUUUUUACUUUCUCUUCCUGUGUCUCCUGUGUAUGUGUAUAUUCAACAUUGCCUGACUAUAUAUAAAGGCAUGCCUCUGAGCAUCUGUGUGUAUACAUGUAUGUGCAUGUCCU